UGUCAUUUGUAUUGUCUGUAUUUUCACAUUUUUAAUCAGUAUAUAUUUUUCGAUAUUAGCUUUGAAUAUUAUUGCAUUAUUUACUAACAAGUAAUUAGCUAACUCUCUUAUCAAAUGUUUAUGAGCGGUUUAUAAAUUUGGUUUGGCUUUUUAUUAGCGAUUUAUCAGUUUUGUUUGUGCAGCUUAGUACAUUUUUAGUCAGUGUUCCGAGAAUAUCACAUUAACAGAUGUUAAAAAAUAUUUUGGGUGACCAGGGUGUCAUGGCCUGGCAUGGGAAAUUUCGGCCCGGCUUACUUCUACUCCUGUUUUCUUUCGUUGUAAUAUCGGAGGCAACGGCAAAGGCACUAGAAAUUCGAUAUGAGACUGCUUAUGCUUGUGAAGGUAAAGUCUUGAAGAUAGAAUGCAAAGAAGGUGAACUUAUCAAGUUAAUACGGGCAAAUUAUGGAAGGUUUUCUAUAACUAUUUGCAAUGAUCAUGGCAAUACAGAUUGGAGCGUCAAUUGUAUGUCACCAAAAUCUUUGAGGGUCCUACAUAGCAGGUGUACCCACAAUCAAAACUGUAGCAUUCCGGCUAGCACCAGCAUGUUCGGUGAUCCUUGUGCUGGAACACACAAGUAUCUCGAAGCUCAUUAUCAGUGUUUACCAGCCACAACUACUACAACCACAAGUCGACCUAGUCCACCAUGGUUGAUUACAUCUCAACCACCGAUGUGGAGUACUAUAAAAGCACCAUCCAGCAGACCAACUCAUCCGACGUCUCCUUCAAAGCCUGCAGCUGUUUCACCGCCACAAUCUCCAGGUUCAUCGUCUACAUCUAGAAUUAAACCUUCAACAACAACGCCGCGUCACUUUUCAAUUACACCACAACCUCCACCGCCUGUUCAGCCCCUUGAAAAAGACGAACUUGAUGAAAUCAACACACUUGACCACAUACCAGAUGAAAUUACGACUCUUCCAUUUACAACAAUUACUUCAAACGGAGUUGAUUUGAAUAAAAUCACAUAUGAUAUCAUGUAUACAUCAAUACCAAGCAUGGCUCCAUCAUGGGGUAAGGACAUCGACAGUAUACCAUAUCACUGCAGCCCUCAAACUGUGCGCAGUAUCUACUGGAACUGGACAAAAGUGAAUGCAACUUCCAUCCAACCAUGUCCAGGAGGUACCACUGGCUUCGCCAAAUGGCACUGUCAAGGAUUUCCAAAUUCCAAAACGCCUCAAUGGUAUCCGGCAAACCCAGAUCUUAGCGAAUGUAGAUCUGUUUGGUUAACAAGUUUAGAACAAAGGAUACUUGUAGGCAAAGAUCCUUUAUUGUCAAUAACAAACGAUUUAGCUCAAGUAACAAGCAGUAAAACACUUUUUGGUGGAGAUAUGAUGUAUACCACGAAGAUCAUUCAAAAACUAACUGAAAAAAUGAGUAAUGAUAUUCUGACAUUUUCAGAUAUUGAACAAAGAGAACAGUUCGUAACUGAGCUGCUUUCUGACGUAGCCAAAACAGGCAGCAACUUAUUAGAUGCUUCCCAACAUUCUUCUUGGAAAGACUUAAGCUACAAGGAACAAAUGAAUGUAGCUACAUCUUUGCUCAUCGAGCUCGAAGAAAAUGCUUUUCUUCUAGCUGAAACUGUAAAUAAUAAAAAGACUGUAGAUCGCAUGUUCAAAAAUAUAUUGAUAUCAGUUCGAGUAUUAGAUGUAAGGUCCCUUUCAUAUGAAACAUUCCCAGAAAGAGCAUCUAAAAAGAUGUGGAAAGUUAGCAAUGAUUUAAUAGAAUUACCUCGAGGAGCUUUACUAGAGAAUAGUGAUGGUGCUCUAGUGAGACUAGUAUUUGUCGCUUUUGACCGAUUGGAAGAAAUCUUGCAGUGGCAACCAGAAGGAGUUGACACUUUGAAUCCAAGCAACAAUGUUUCCAAAGUGCUGAACAGUAAAGUGAUAUCAGCGAGUUUGGGCAAAGGAAGACAUAUCCAGCUUAAGGAACCAGUUCAACUCACCAUGCAACAUUUAAAGACUGAAAAUCUUAGCAAUCCAACAUGUGUAUUUUGGGACUAUACAACUAAUGCAUGGAGUGAAGAAGGGUGCUAUGUUUUGACGUCGAAUUUUACACAUACAAUUUGUCACUGUAAUCACUUGACGAACUUUGCAAUAUUAAUGGAUGUUCAUGCCUUGUAUUUACCUAUGGCACAUGAAAUUGCAUUGCAAGUUAUCACUUACAUCGGUUGUAUCAUAUCUAUUGUAUGUUUAGUUCUGGCAAUAAUUACAUUUCAACUCUUUCGAGGACUCAAGAGUGACAGAACGACAAUCCAUUGUAAUUUAUGUAUAUGUCUAUUGAUAGCUGAAAUAAUAUUUUUAUUUGGAAUUAGUCAAACUAAUAAUAGAAUUUUAUGUGGAGUAAUAGCUGGAUGUUUGCAAUACUUCUUCUUAUGUGCGUUCUUUUGGAUGUUUUUUGAAGGUUUUCAAUUGUAUGUAAUGCUGAUAGAAGUUUUUGAAGCUGAAAAGUCCAGAAUGCGCUGGUAUUAUAUUGUUGCUUAUGGUCUUCCUUUCGUUAUAAUAUUAAUUUCCGCUCUAAUAUAUCCACAAGGAUAUGGUACUUAUAGACACUGUUGGUUACAAACUGAAAAUUACUUCAUAUUAAGUUUUGUUGUACCAGUAGCAGUAAUUAUUUCGCUAAAUGUAAUAUUUUUAAUAAUGGCAAUAGUAAUGAUGUGCAAGCAUGCUAGUAAUACAGUUUCCAUGAAGAAUAAAGAACAUUCCCGGCUUGCAAGUACAAGGGCUUGGUUAAAAGGAGCCUUUGUGUUGGUAUUUCUUCUCGGUUUGACAUGGACCUUCGGAUUCUUGUAUCUUAAUAAAGAAUCAGUAGUGAUGGCGUAUUUCUUCUCGGGAUUUAAUUCAUUACAAGGAUUCUUUAUUUUCUUAUUCCAUUGUAUUCAGAACGAGAAGGUGCGGAAAGAAUAUCGUAAAGUAAUACGAAGACAUUCCUGGUUACCGCAAUGUCUUCGUUGCUCUAGCCCAGGUGGUAGUUCAGGUAGCACCAGUGGAAGUUCCGGGAUGGCGAAAGAGCGAGGAACUAGUAUCUAUGGUGGUUCCAAUGGUAAUCCUUCAGCUGGUACCAACUCCCACUCAACAGACAACUCUGUUCUUACACCGCAUGGAACUAGUUUGCAACGCGAUUGGAAUUCCAGGAGUUGCACAAACGUAAGUCGGGUUUGCAAGACACCUGUGGCCACUUCUACUUCGGCCAACAUGGCUGCUACUCUGUCUCGGCCAAUAAGAACAACACCUACCAACCUUAUUCCUGAUACCGAGUCUAACAAUACCUCGACUUUACCUUAUAGCCGUAACUUCUAUAAGAUCUCUUCUAACAAUCCUAAUAUACCUAAAUCAAUCUCCACUUGGGGUCCUCUGCAUAAACCUUUACACUCAAAGAACAUUUCUUUUAAGUCUUGCAGCCGAGAUUCAGGACAUGGAGGAUCCGAGCAAGAAGAUUCACCCAGAUCGCACAUGGUACUAGUUGGCAGUGCGGGUUAUCCAGGAACCGGACAUCUAGUGGCUGUAAAUACCAAAGAUAUCCGCCAUCAAAUGCUUCAAGAACGUCCUACAAAUUUAACUGAUUUGGACAUCUGUCUGGAAGAAAAUAUCCAUCCCAAGCAUAUAAGUAUUCCGCAAAGUUCUCAUGGAAAUUUCAAGAAAAAACUACCGGGAUCGAGUCAUCAUACUUAUACUGAAAUAUAUGAGGCCCACACUCCAAGGGGAUUAAUUGAAGAUGAUCCUGUGUACGAAGAAAUUGACAGAAAUGAAAUUCAAGUAUCUGAUAUGAGUGAUGAGGAUGGAAAGAGACAGAGUGAUAUGAGCCGACAAUCUUCAAGAUCAUAUGGAGACCACCGACCUCUUAUACCAUAUAGUCCUGGCAACGAUAGAAGCUUUACUGACGUAAUGAAGCAUUAUGCCAAAGAUCUCAAUCAUUGUCCACCGUCCAUGGGUAUGGACACUUACAGAAGACGUAAUAUGGCAUACCGUGCUGGAAUGGGUGGUGAUGCAUCAUUGCGGUCCCUAGCUGCAGUGUUAGAUGGAGAAACUGUUGUCUGUCACUUGGAACCUCCUGAGAAUCAGUAUCCCAACGAUUCGUUCGUCUCACGAACUUUAGUCCAUCCCCCGUAUAGUGAGAGUUAAGAAUUAGGAAACUGCCAUUGCAAGUGAAUAUCUGUGAUUACCACAUGAUCAGACUCUAAGGUCAUACCUAUAGAAAAUCCCAUACAUGGGUGAAUAUGAAAGGUACAGAGAAGCUAAUGGUUGUUCUAAAACUAAAUUAUUAUUAGAAAUGAAUUCUGCUCUGAUACACAAUUAUAAAUAGGAACAAGUACAAUGAGCUUAAUGUAAUUAAAUUUUACAAAAAAGAUUCACUAUGAAUUUAGAGGUUGUUUUAAGUAUUGUCAAAAUGAGAAGGGGCUAUUAGUUUCUAACAUAUAUAUCCCCCUAUUAUCUGCUUAGAAAUUUUGUCUUCUGGUAUGGGCUACAAUUAAAAACGAUUUGCAUUGUUUGUGGCAAUAGCAAUCAAUCACUUUCUCACUUUGCAGAAUCAUGAUUGUGAAUAUUUAGUAAUGGUGCCCUUACAUCUAAAGGUGUAGUUCUUAUGCUUUUUGAUAGAUAACAAAAGCUUGAAUAAACAAUCAUUGGCUAUCUAUUGCAUCAUUUGAACAUUUCUACCUCUCUUACUACUUUUAACAAUGAGUAUUUUCCAUAUUAUUUAUCAAAUCUCAAAAUUUGUGAAUAAUAUGUUAAAUUGAUUAAUAAUCGAGAUAUGAACAUACCUGUUUUGUUCAAUAUCUGGAUAUUUAAAGUUUGUUGCUUAUAAAAAGUACUCUAAGUGGGGUAUUAAGAUUUGCCAUGUUGUGGGAAUUUCUUUUAUACAUAUAUUACUUAGUAAAGCUCAGCUUGUAUGAAUGAAGGAACGUGAUAAUUUUAUAGUAAUCAACUAUUUUAUAAAAAGUAUUUCUGUGAAUUGAAUGAAUAUAUAUUAGUUGUCAUUUAUUAAGGUCUUUCAAUCAGUCUCUAAUUGGAAAAAAGUUAAACAUCGAUUCUGAUAAUCAUUAUCAUAAAAAUAAAAUUAUAGACAAUUAUUUUAUCUAUACAUGUGGUUGUAGUGCCUUUUUUGCGAUUCAAAAAAUAUAUUUUUCAACAUAUUUGUGUACUAAGCUGGGAUUAGAAACAUGUUUUUUUCGUGAAAAUCAGAUGAGUAUCAAGACAAAUCUCGCUUUUCCAAUAUAUUAAAAAAAUACAGAGUUAUCAACUUAAUAGAAAUCAGUGCUCUAUUUUUUUGAUCAAAUUUAUUAAUGAAUUCUAGUAGUUUCUCUGAUACAAUGAGGUUCAUAUCAAGCUUAAAAUGAAGUUUGAUUCACUAAUUUCGAAUUGUCUGUUUUAAGUAUUAUCUGUAUUAAAUACUUGUUUUUUCAAAUUAUUUCUCAAGAGUUGAUGAUGCCUUUUAUGUUGAGACUUAACACUACUCACACGUUUAAUGUUGGAAAUAAUAGAUAAGUAUACUUAUGUACUAUAUAUCCCUUUUGUACUAAUUUGAUUAUAUAUGUGAUUUCUGUCAAAUAGUAUUGAAUAACUUGUUGAGUCCAAAAAGCAAACCAGUAUGUUUUAUUUCCUUUUAUUACAUCCACAGGUACAUUUUGGUCCUUCGAAUAAAUAAUCUUUCAAAACAGUUUCAUACAAGUAUAUAUACUGCUGUCAGAGCUAUACUUUUGAAUGAAGGACUUCCAAGAGAUUGUUUUAUUGCAGUACUAGUAUCAUUACACACCGCUCUUGCACAGUCUUCACAAACAGGUUUUGGUUAUACAUUGAGAAGAGCUCCUGGCUCGUCGUUCUUUUGGAUUCCUCGAAAGCAUUUGACUAUAUUUGUGAUGAUCCAUUGGGACCCUUUGUACUACUUGAAUUCUCUGGUAUUUUUAUCAAAAUUGCGAAUUGCUCAUUUUAAUUAAGUAUGGUAUUAAUCAUUAAAAUUUAAACCACUUCCUAAUUUUAUCAUUAUCAAAAUUUUUAUUUUCAAAAUCUAUUUUUGUAUCAGUUCGACUAUCAGGCCAGUCAAUCAUGAACUACGUAAUAUUUUUUAACUUACUUUUCAUUUAUCUAUCUUUCAAAAAUUAUUAAAAAAUAUAAA